AUGUCCUGCAUCCUCCUAGAGGUUUCCGACCGCGAAGAGGCAUUCCAGCAUGAAGAUCCUCGAUGGCAGCCGCCGUCCGUCGAAACGUCUGACCAUUCCACAGCGGACAAUCCUUUGCCCAGCACCUUCACAUGGCGCUCGACAAACGAAUUGAUCGUCCCCAAGGACGAUGAGCGCCAGAUUGCUGCAAUCAAGGACCCCACCAUCGUAUAUCACGAAGGUGUAUACCACGUCUUUGCCAGCACGGCCAAACUCGAGGGGUACAACCUUGUCUACCUCAACUUCACCGACUGGUCUGAGGCAAGCUCUGCCGAGUUUUACUACCUCGACCAGGCUCCUCUGGGUCCGGGCUACCGGGCAGCACCCCAGGUCUUCUACUUCGAACCUCAGAAGUUGUGGUACCUCGUCUACCAGAACGACAACGCCGCCUAUUCCACCAACCCCGACAUCAGCGACCCCUCCGGCUGGACUGCGCCCGAAACCUUCUAUUCUGAGAUGCCACAGAUCAUCAAGGACCACAUUGGGCCCUACUACUGGGUGGAUAUGUGGGUUGUCUGCGACGACACCCUCUGCCACCUCUUCUCCUCCGACGACAACGGCCAGCUCUACCGCUCCGAAACCUCCAUCUCCGACUUCCCCUACGGCUUCAACGACCCCGUCAUUGCCAUGCAAGACCCCGACAGGUUCCGCCUCUUCGAAGCCGCCUGCAUCUACAAGAUCGACCGCUCCGACAAGUACCUGUUGUUGAUCGAGGCCAUUGGCACUGACGGUCGCCGAUGGUUCCGCUCCUGGACCUCGACCGACAUCGCUGGUCCUUGGGAAGCCCUCGCUGCCGAGGAGGAUAACCCAUUCGCCCGAGCUCUCAACGUCGAAUUCCCGGAAGGCGCAGAGCCCUGGACCCAAGAUAUCAGCCACGGAGAGUUGGUCCGUAGCGGCAUCGACCAGACCCUCACUAUCGACCCCUGCAACUUGCAGUUCAUCUACCAGGGUCUUGCCCCCGAUGCUGAUGGAGAGUAUAACGGCCUCCCAUGGCGUCUCGCCCUGCUCACUCAGACCAACUCUGCGUGCUAG